AUGGCUGAAAUGGUUGAUUCAACAUUCAUCAGCCAAUUGACUUCGAUCCUUCAUCAAGAAACAGAAGAAGGGGUCCAAUCUGUCACUGGUGUUGAAGUCUUCAAAUUUAUCAAAAAUUUGCUCGCCAUUCAAAAUCUCGUUGCUGAUGCUGAAUUCAAGGUAGCGAGUAAGAAAGACGAUGCUGUUGGCGAGGAGUUCAACAAACUUAAAGGCACGUUGUAUGAUGUAGAAGAUGCAUUGGAUAAGUGGAACACUGCGGCUGGAAAAUUACAGAUCCAGGAAGCUGAUCAGAAUUCUUUGAAGCCUUUCCUGGGAAUGCAGGUAUGUAACUUCAAUAACUCUUCAUAUCUGCAUCAUUAUAGACGUGUUUUUCUGCGAUGUAAGAUAGGUUUCAAGAUAAAAAGUUUGAGCAAAACACUAGGAAAUGUUAUUAAUAGCCUCAACAUGAAGCAGGGCGACAGAGAAACUUUAGAAAGACCUAAAAAUAUUGUUGAUAUGGUAGAUAAAGGAAAUCAGGGGAAGGAAGAUAAUAAAAUAGAACCAAAAGUAUAUGGAAGAGAUGAGGAGAUAAAAGAAAUUGUAGGAAAAAUAGAUAUGUUUUGUAAGAAUCAGGGUACUAGUCCAAAUUCUUCAGAAUCAACCAUCUCUGUUAUUCUUAUAGAAGGGCCAACAGGAAUUGGUAAGACAAUCUUCGCUCAACGAGUGUUUAAUGAUGACACCGUCAAAACCAUGCCAUUCGAGAAAAGAAUAUGGGUAUCGGUGUCUCAUCCUUUAGAUAAGUUAAAAGUUGCCAAAACAAUCCUAGAAUCUCUAAGAGGGGCUAAAUCAAGAUUAACUGAAUUGGAAACUGUGUUAAAUCACAUAAGUCAAUUUGUAGAAGAAGGAAAGAAUUUUCUUCUUGUCUUAGAUGAUAUGAGAAAUGAAGGUAAAGAAUCAGCAAUUUAUUGGCAAGAUUUGAUUACCUCUCUUGAUUCUGGUUCUAAAGGAAGCGUAAUUUUAAUAACCACAUGUGAGGAUGUCACAGAUAUGUUAAAGUUGCACAACACAGAAAAGUUCAUGUUACGUCAGCUGUCGGAAGAUGAUUGUCUGUUAUUGCUUAAGCAAAAUUCAGUAAUUGAUAACCAGACUCCAGAUGGAGAAAAUUUCGAAGGAAUUGGUACAGAAAUCAUAAGAAAGUACUGUAUGGGCUUGCCGAUUAAUGUAAAUAUUUUAAGAGGCCUCUUGGGCUUUAAAAAAACGAUUAAAGAGUGGAAAGAUGUCUUGAGCAUGUUGAAUAAGGAAGAAUCUGUAGAAAGACUACCUCUAUCAUUGAGCUACUAUAAUUUGCCUUCCAUGUUGAGGAAAUGCUUGAUACAUUGUGCUAUCUUUCCGAAAAAUUAUGAGAUAGAGAAAGAUCGAUUAAUCAAGUUAUGGAUGGCUCAAAAUUAUCUUAAGGUAGACGGAAGAGAAGAUAUGGAAGUCAUUGGAGAAAAGUAUUUUGAACAUUUAAAAAUGCACUCCUUUUUUUAUGAUUUUCCAGAAAAUGAUGGUGAUGGUCAUAUAAUAAAGUUCAAGAUACAUAAUAUAGUGCAUGAUUUUGCUGUGUCUCUUGCAGAGGAAUGUUCUGUUAUAAAGAUUCCUGGUUCCGUUGAAUCUGAAGAUCAUUACUCUGAUAAAAAUUUUCAACAUUUAAUGAUAAUGUAUGAAAAUGGGGUCUCAUUUCCUAGGUCCCUUUAUAGGCAGAUAAAAUUACGUAGCCUUGUGAUUGAGACUAGUGGUCAUUAUAUGAUUGAUGUAAAUCUAGGCAAAUUAUUUGAUAAGUUUACAUGUUUGAGGACAUUGGAUUUGAGAAACCAUGACAACGUUUGGUAUAAGCUAAUAAAUAGAGUUCCAAGACGAAUUAAAAAGUUGGUGCAUUUGAGGUAUUUUAAUUUGUCUGGUAAUAAAAAGAUAGAAGAAUUGCCAGAAACAUUGUGUGAGUUAUAUAACUUGCAAACCUUAGAGCUCAGUCGAUGCACCAAUCUCAAAAAAUUGCCACAAGGGAUUGGAAAAUUAGUCAACUUAAGGCAUUUAGUGAACAAUGAGACUUCACUAACUUACAUACCUAAAGGAAUUGAGAGAUUAACUCGUCUUCGAACAUUGAGCGAAUUCAUUGUAAGUGAUGAUUAUCAUGUUGCUGAAGCAAGUGUCCUCGAAUGUCUGAAAUUUUUGACUCACCUCCAAGGGUCUCUUAGUAUAAUGAUGAUUGGAAAUGUGAAAGAAAUUUUUAAAGAUGGAAAGGCAGAACUCAAAAAAAAGGAAAACCUUCUGGGACUGCGUCUGAGCUUCAAAAAUUAUGAAGAUACUGAGAGGUUGAAUAAAGAAGGUGAGUUCAAAGCUCUUGAAUACUUGGAACCACCUUUAAGUUUAGAGAGAUUAAAGAUAGUUUACUACGAAGGUGUCACUAUGUCCACAUGGAUAACGUCCUUAAGUAAACUGCGAAAGAUGUCGCUAGGGCGUUGCAUGAAUCUUAAGCAGUUGCCUUGUUUAGGGAAAUUACCAUGUCUUGAAUCCCUCACCAUACGAGGUAUGAGGAGUGUGAAAACUGUAGGUAAUGAAUUUCUGGGAAUAGAAAAUAAUGGCACAACGUUAUCAUCAUCGACUAGCGCCUUCCCCAAAUUGAAGAAACUAAAAUUUCAGAAAAUGAAGGAAUGGGAAGAGUGGAAUGAUGGGAUUUCAGAGAAGACACAAGAAAUCAUGCCAUGUCUUUCUUCUUUGAAAAUUGAAUUCUGCCCCAAGUUAAAGAAACUUCCAAGCUACAUACGAGCUGUUGAAUUGAAGAUCAACUCGUGCACUCUUCUAGAUGAAGCUAUAGAAAUAGAAAUAGAAAAAGAGGGAACAGGCACAGGAUCCCUAGCAUGA